CCCCCGUGGCUCCUACUCUGUCCGCGGAAACGUUGGAAGGCGUGGUCCAGGUCCGGGCCUGCUGGCUCAGCGCCCGGGCUUUUGCAGCUUCUUCCUCCCUGGCCCUGCUAAGACCGCCCUGGGUACGAAAAGGCCACCCCAGCAACCCAGAUAAGGAGGGAGACUUCCCUCGCUCCACGGCUCGGAGAUACUUUUCAGGAUUAUUUAAGGAUGUGACCUCCGUUUUGCGAGGAAGUGACAGGUCCUUCCUUGGCUGGGAAGGAGCUCCGCUGAGGAACCGGAGGGACGUGAGCGAGCUCAAAGGAGGCGCGGAGGGAAGGAGCGAGCGAGCGCGCGCGGGACUCCAGCCGAGUCCCCGCCGGCAGCACAGGCGCCGCCUGCCGGCUUCCGGACCCCGGCACUUUGGGGGAUUCGGAGCGCGGGGCCCGCGCCAGGGUCCCCAUGGAGGUAGCGCGGCCGGCGGGCCCGGGCGCGCUGCAGGCCCACGCGCGGGGAGCGGCCGGCAUUCUGCUGAGCCACAUCAAAGGCAAAGUCUUCACCUGGAAUAUUCUGAAAACAAUUGCUCUGGGCCAGAUGUUGUCCUUGUGUAUAUGUGGGACAGCCAUCAGCAGCCAGUAUUUGGCAGAAAAAUACAAAGUGAACACCCCCAUGCUUCAGAGCUUUAUCAACUAUUGCUUGCUGUUCGUGGUUUAUACCAUGGUCCUGGCAUUUCGAUCAGGUGCUGAUAAUCUUUUAGACAUCUUGAAAAGAAAAUGGUGGAAGUAUAUCCUCCUGGGACUGGCGGAUGUGGAAGCAAAUUACCUGAUGGUCAGAGCGUACCAAUACACCACUCUAACUAGUGUUCAGCUUUUGGAUUGCUUUGGGAUUCCCGUGUUGAUGGCUCUCUCGUGGUUUGUUCUGUAUGCAAGAUACAGAGUGAUUCACUUCAUUGCCGUGGCUGUCUGUCUUUUGGGCGUAGGAACCAUGGUUGGUGCAGACAUACUAGCAGGGAGGGAAGACAAUUCAGGGAGUGAUGUGCUAAUUGGUGACAUCCUUGUCCUUGUCGGGGCUUCCCUGUACGCCGUUUCUAAUGUGUGUGAAGAGUACAUCGUGAAGAAGCUAAGCAGACAGGAGUUUUUAGGAAUGGUGGGCUUGUUCGGAACAAUUAUUAGCGGCAUACAGCUGUUGAUUGUGGAAUAUAGGGAUAUUGCCAGCAUUCGCUGGGACUGGAAAAUCGCUCUGCUGUUUGUGGCAUUUGCCCUCUGUAUGUUUUGCCUGUACAGCUUCAUGCCAGUGGUGAUCAAAGUCACUAGUGCUACCUCCGUCAACCUGGGCAUCUUGACAGCUGAUCUCUACAGCCUUUUCUUUGGCCUCUUUCUCUUUGGCUAUAAGUUUUCAGGACUCUACAUCCUGUCCUUCAGCGUCAUCAUGGUGGGCUUUAUCCUGUACUGUUCCACACCGACACGAACGGCAGAGCCAGCCGAGAGCAGUGUACCCCCGGUCACCGUCAUUGGAAUCGACAACCUGGGGCUGAAGCUCGAGGAGAACCUUCCAGAGACGCACGCUGAGGUCCAGUAGCCAGCCAGGGAUGGUGCACACCUGUGCACCACAGAAGAAAGCAGCGUCCACUGGCUGCUGAGGCGACAUUCCGGGAAAUGAGGAGGCUCCGAAUGAACACACCAUUGGACUAGAUCCAGUGGGUAGACUUUGUAAAGGAAAACUGAAGAAUGUCUCAAAAAUAGAAAUAUCAGAACCCAGCAGAAUCCAAGGCUAGAUUGUGUUUCUGUGUAUUUAAGGACCAAAACCUGUGUCAGAGAGGUGAGGUGUGGGUCCCACACUGAGGUCUUCAAGGUCCAUGUGGGAAACAGGAUGGGGGAGGUACCCAGGAGGGAGCCAGCUGGGGGACAGGCUGCUGAUGGUUGGGAGUAGGGGCAGUGCAGGGUGGCCUGCACAUAGGUUUUUUGCUCUGCUGAGCAGUUACUGUCCCCUGGGCUUGUGGCCUUUGGGUACAGAAGAGGCCUGCUGACUGAUUGCAUGUCUUGGGGAAGUGGACAAGUCCUGGACAAGUCCUGAGACAUGAAUGUGACUACUUAGAUGUGAUACAUGGCAGCACAGUAAACCUUGGAGUCAUCUCCCUUUUUUUCGUUUUUUUCCCUAAGUGUUCUCUGUCACUCCUGGCUCAAGUCUCUUUUAGAGCCAUGUUCACUCCUUCACUCCAGGUCCCCAAGCAAACUUCCUGCCCUCACAAUCCAUGAGACUGGAUGUCUCAUCCGUGUUUUCAAGCCCCCAUCUUGCUCUCCAAGAUUUCUCAGAUCUGAGUUCAAUCCAUGCACACCAUCAUUUCAAAAACACUCCCAUAGCCUCCUGGGAUAUUCCUAUCGGCCCCAUUAUUAAACAUCAAGCAAGGCUACCAAGUUUUAACUGCAAAUGAUCACAAGUAGGAAGUUUUGUUUGUAUAUCUGAUAAAAAAAAUGAGUAUAAUCAAAAUGGAAACAAGAUGAAUAAUUUCUCAGAAAAGUAUAUCCAGGAACCUUGAGAAUCCCCUAGUUGUUGAAAUGGCGUGCUGCUCCCCAUCUUUCCAAUGUUGGCAACACUCCUAGACUUCUGUGACGUUUCUUCAAUACAAACUGCUAUUAUGAAGAUUCAGUGUAAUAUUGAAAACAAAAUAUGUAUGUUUUUGUACAAAUAUAAAAGAAAUCAUGAUUAAGUAUUCAUUGAUUAAAAGACUGAAGCGAUGGAAAUAUA